CUGAUUGACUUCCAGCACUUCACAGUUCAGACUUUCAUUAAACAUCUUAAAGGCCAUGUCUUUGCAUGACAUUUAGAGAUUUUUUGAUUCAAUUUAACAGAAAAAUAAAGGAAAGUUGAAUCUCACAGAGUUCCAACUCAGAGCAUACCCUGGGGCAAAUGCAACAAAGGACAAAUGCAAUGUUAAUAAGUUAGCUUUUUUCUUUUUCCUCUUCAGUUCAUUCCAGGUCUGAGAAUUCACCGCUGAAAACUGAGCUGUGCCUUCUUCUUGAUAUGACGAUGCAGCAUGAUUAUGUAACAUGCACAAGUUUUGCUGAAAAUGAACAACAAGAAGUACAGCUUGCCAGUGGAAAACAAUGCCAGGAGGAGAUGCUUAUUUCUAAUGGACACCCUGGGAAACCGUGGCAACCUGCUCGAUCAAAGAUCAGAGGGUGUUUAAGGCGUGUUCAGACUGCCAUGCUCUCUCUGGCUGGGUUGGAGUGGUACUGUUAUGCUGCUUUGGGAGUCCUUACUGCUCUCAUGAGCUUCUGCAUGGACCUGACGAUAGCCAAGCUCAUACGAGCUCACCAGUGGCUAUAUGGUUGUCUGGAGGGUAACAUCCUGCUACAAUUCCUGUGCUGGACUCUGUACCCUACCUGCCUCUGUGCUCUCUCAACCAGCUUCUCUCACAGCAUCUGCCCCCAUUCUGCAGGCUCAGGUUUGCCUGAGAUUAGGACCAUCCUCUCAGGUGUGCAUUUGCCAGACUAUCUCUCCCUCUCAAAUCUCUUUGCUAAGCUCAUCGGUCUUAUCAGCACACUGUCAGCAGGUAGCACUGUGUUCCUUGGAAAAGUGGGUCCAUUUGUCCAUCUGUCAAAUAUGCUGGGAGCAUAUCUUUACCGUUUGUAUGCCACUGCUUGUGGUGAUAAGCAGAUAAGAUCUCAAGGAGAAAUGCUGGUUGUGGCAUCAGCGGUAGGUGUGGCGAGCUGUUUUGGGGCUCCAAUCAGUGGAGUGCUUUUCAGUAUUGAAGUCAUGGGCAGUCAUUAUUCAAUACGAGAUUACUGUCCAUGUUUCUUUGCUGCAGUCUGUGGCUCACUCACAUACCGUCUUCUCUCUGUGUUCAGCAGAGAACAAGAAACAGUGCAAGCUGUGUUUAAGACCAGGUUCCCGAGCGAGCUCCCAUAUCAACCACCUGAAAUAUUGAUCUUUGCUUUCCUGGGACUGCUGUGUGGAGCUAUAAGCUGUGUUUACCUCUACAGUCAUCGGUGGAUUCUCCGUUUUGUCAGAACAAACAAAUUCAUCAGCAGGGUUAUGGCAACAGAAAAGACAUUAUAUUCAGCAACCGUAGCAUUCCUCCUGGCAUCAGUGACCUUUCCUCACACAGGGGGAUUUUUCAUUGCUUCCCAGCUCUCGAUGAAGCAGCUAAUCACCUCCUUGCUAGAUAGCACUCGGUGGAACUUCAUUUCCCACAAUGCCACAGUAGCACAAGAAGCCCCUCAUUCUCUAUGGGAGGAAUGGAGUCCACCUGGUUACAGUGUUUUUUACACACUUGGAUGCUUCAUUCUCAUUAAGCUCUGGCUAUUGGUCUUGGCCUGCACCUUACCCCUGCCUGCUGGCUACUUCAUGCCUGUCUUUAUUUAUGGUGCUGCUUUAGGCCGUUUGUUGGGUGAGGGAUUGGCCUAUCUCUUCCCAGAUGGAAUCUCAUCAGGGGAGAGGCUGAGUGUGAUAAACCCAGGGGGCUACGCUUUAGUAGGAGCAGCAGCUUUUGCAGGGGCUGUGACACACACUCUGUCACCUGCUCUAUGUGCUCUGGAGCUGACUGGACAGUCCACUCAUGUUAUCCCUAUUCUAACAGCCACACUGAUAUCCAACGCUCUGGCACGCUCUAGGCAUCAGCCAUCCUUUUAUGAUGGUAUAUCACUCAUUAAGAGACUCCCGCACCUGCCCUCUCUUAUCAGGGCUUGUCCAAAGCUGUCCUCGAUCCAGAUUAGGCGAUUUGUGGUGCCAGUAGGGGCCGUGCUGCAGCGAGCCGAGGGAGUGACGGGAGUACAGCAUGUCCUGAACUCCAGCAAAGAAAACGAGUUUCCCGUAGUUGACACACAUGACUCUUUCACACUUCUAGGAACCGUCACAAGAGCACAACUGCAAACUUUCCUGCUCUCAAACCAAAGUCAGGAUUUGUGCAAAAGCCUGGAGGAUGAGUGCUCUAUUCAACCUGUUAAGCUGCAGCUUUCUACCGAUGCGACAGUAAAGCAGGCCCACUGCAUCAUGAGUGUUUUGAGAGAGCAGUGUGUGUUUGUCACAGAAAUGGGAAAGCUGCAUGGUGUCAUUACAUGGAAAGAGAUGAAGAACAUGAUUGAAGACCUGGCCAAGGAAAUCUGAUGUCCAGGCGGAUAAAUGAGCACUACUCUGUCAUCAUAUGCUAACACUUCAUAACUCAUUAAAUCAUUUCCGCUUAUCACAACCUCAAAUAUUCCAUCAAGCACUGAUUUUCUGUGACGAUCAUGUUCAUGUAUAGCUCUAAUUACCCAUAUGCAAAUAAGCUUAUCUGUGGAGAUUGCUGUUGGCCAACAGACCGCUUCCCGGAAUGAGACAGUAGGAGCUCUUUAUUUGGUGCCAUGACUAAGGAGUCUCACUCCUGUGUUCUGUUUAUAGGCCUGAGGGCAGGCCAAGUGAUAAAGAUUUAUUAAAAUCAGCCACGUGUACCCAUUUCUAAUGGAGGAGAUGAGGGAGGUGUAAUUAAAUGAAGCAGACACUGAGCACCAUAAGACCUAUCACUCUUAUAGGAUGAGCACUCCUGGCUAACCUAACAAACACUGAUUUUGUUAAUAGCUGAAUGAGUGUGCCCUUCAACGGACGCUAAAAUGAAGAUUGAACUUAGGCAAAAUGUUCACAAAGAACACAAUACAAAGACCAUAGGUUAACAUUGACCUUGUGUUUUCAGACAAAAACAAGGCAUGUCAGCAUUGUGCUUUUAAUGUUGAACAGAGAAAGCAUUAUAUGCUCACUGGUUCAAGUUGUUAGAUUACUCCCAGAGUAUGCACACACACCUAGUCCAACUGUAGCAAAACAUACGCAAAUUUGCUAAUUGGGAUGAUGCCUGUUUUGCAUAAUAAUUAAUGGAUGUUCACAAUAUUUGAUUUUGAUUUUUUUUUAUAGCUCUAUACACUUUAGAAUAUUUAUUCCACUGCUGACUAUAGUCAGUUGUUUGCUCCCCAGCUUAAUGCCACUAGUAGUUUAUGUUCAUUAAUGACAGAAGGAUGUAAAUUACUAAUAUUAAUAUAUAUGAAACAGGGACACCAGGCUUAUGCUCUGUAGGUAAUGACUAAAGACUUUAACUAACACUUAUGUUUUUAUCAUGACAAAACAAUUCAGUUACUAGAAAAUAAAAAUAAAUAUGUCCUAAACAAACCUCAAAGUACUUCAGUCACUAAGAAGAGCUUACUUAGAAAUAGCAUUACAACUGAUAAACACCACCCAAUUUUGCCAUCAAUAUACAAAAAUCUUCUCUGAGUGGACAUAACUCCGUUAAAUGUAACAACUCCUGAUAGAAACCAUAAGGAAGCUUGUUUCCACCUUGUUUUAAAAAGUAAUAAAAGAUAAUUGUGGCUUUCUAUCUCAGAAUUGCUAAGGAAUAAAGUCAGAAUUUUAUUCACCGAUAAUCGUGUUGACGUUCUGAUGCCUGAAGUUAUUGGUGUAUAAAAUAUGCCCCUUCUGCAUCAUCUGGUUUGUUGAGUCUAUGCUACAACCGAUUCCUCUGUAACGUUCUUUCCGGAGUCCGGAGAAGAACUUGCAAAGAAUAAAGUCAGAAUUUAAAGUCGCAAUUCUGAGAUAUAAAGUCAGAAUUCUGAGAUAUAAAGUUGCAAUUAUCUUUUAUUAUUUUUUAAAAUGAGGUGGAAACAAGCUUCCACAGAAACCUGAGAAAUGUUAACAGCAAAAAUAAGCUAGCCAAAAAUCAUGGUUAGGCAAGGUGUUCAGCUAGCUUUUUUUGUGCAAAGCUUGUACAGUGGACACAAGAUUAAACUGUCAUAUGUUUUUCUUAGGUGUAUAGUUCAGAUGUGUCAAUAUUUAAUAUUCACAAAUCUGUAAAUUAAUUUCUUUUUCUUUGAUUUUCACUUGAUGAACACGACAGUGUGUUGUUCGUCUUCUCAUAAACACCAUGAACACAA